UAUGACUGAUCUUCAAACCACUAUUGCUCAGGUUGUUGGCUCUCAAAUAUCAUUAGCUUUGAAAAACCAUAGAGCAGAUAUGAAGGCUGAUUUUCAGGAAAUUCAAUCUUCUGUUAUCGCUUUAUCUAACAAGGUUGAUGACAUAUCGCAUAAAUUUACUUCUGUGGAAUCUCGUAUGGAUGUUGUCGAGGAUAGGAUCAAUGGAAUUGAAAAUCGAGUUCAAACCUUAAGUGAUACCACUUCUACUGAUAUUAAUGUAAAUAAAGUAACUGACAUUUGUGUGGCAGAGUUUUCCCAACGAGAAACACGUAUUACACCGUCCUUUGAAAAUCAAAUUUCAAACGGAACAAGUUGCUACUCAGGUGUUCAAGAACUUUAUCAAGAUGCGCAAGGACAUUCAAAAAUCAACAAAGAUUCCCAAUCUCACGUUUACUCCGGAUCGUACUCCAAUGCAGCAGAAUCAAUACAAAGAGGUCAGGAAGCAAUUGGAGGAACGUGUUUCAAAAGGAGAGAAGAAUCUUAAACUUGUCUACCGAAACAACACCCCACUCUUAAUUACA